GCAUAUAAAGGGCCCAGCAGGGGGAGGCGCCACACAGACACCUCCCUCUGCACCUGCUCCUGCGACCACUCCCCUCCACCUCCAGAACCAUGGGCUGCUCUGGCUGUUCCGGGGGCUGCGGCUCCAGCUGUGGGGGCUGCGGCUCCAGCUGCUGUGUGCCCGUGUGCUGCUGCAAGCCCGUGUGCUGCUGUGUGCCCGCCUGCUCCUCCAGCUGUGGCUCCAGUGCCUGCUGCCAGUCCAGCUGUUGCAAACCCUGCUGCUCCCAGUCCAGCUGUUGCCAGUCCAGCUGUUGCAAACCCUGCUGCUCCCAGUCCAGCUGUGGCCAGUCCAGCUGCUGCAAACCCUGCUGCUCCCAGUCCAGCUGUGGCCAGUCCAGCUGUUGCAAACCCUGCUGCUCCCAGUCCAGCUGCUGUGUGCCCGUGUGCUGCUGCAAGCCCGUGUGCUGCUGUGUGCCCGCCUGCUCCUCCAGCUGUGGCUCCUGUGGGGGCUGUGGCUCCUGUGGGGGCAGCCAGGCCAGCUGUGGCUCCUGUGGGGGCAGCCAGGGCAGCUGUGGCUCCAGCUGCUGUGUGCCCGUGUGCUGCUGCAAGCCCGUGUGCUGCUGUGUGCCCGCCUGCUCCUGCUCCAGCUGUGGCUGCUCCUAUUCCCAGCUGAGGGCAGCAGAGUCUCCCAACCGAGAGGCAUCCAGGACUCUCACCGUGGACUCGUGGCCUGUCCUGUUCUCAGGGGAGGCGCCACACAGACACCUCCCUCUGCACCUGCUCCUGCGACCACUCCCCUCCACCUCCAGAACCAUGGGCUGCUCUGGCUGUUCCGGGAGCUGCGGCUCCAGCUGUGGGGGCUGCGGCUCCAGCUGCUGUGUGCCCGUGUGCUGCUGCAAGCCCGUGUGCUGCUGUGUGCCCGCCUGCUCCUCCAGCUGUGGCUCCAGUGCCUGCUGCCAGUCCAGCUGCUGCAAACCCUGCUGCUCCCAGUCCAGCUGUUGCCAGUCCAGCUGUUGCAAACCCUGCUGCUCCCAGUCCAGCUGCUGCCAGUCCAGCUGCUGCAAACCCUGCUGCUCCCAGUCCAGCUGUGGCCAGUCCAGCUGCUGCAAACCCUGCUGUUCCCAGUCCAGCUGUUGCCAGUCCAGCAGCUGCAAACCCUGCUGCUCCCAGUCCAGCUGCUGUGUGCCCGUGUGCUGCUGCAAGCCCGUGUGCUGCUGUGUGCCGGCCUGCUCCUCCAGCUGUGGCUCCUGUGGGGGCUGUGGCUCCUGUGGGGGCAGCCAGGGCAGCUGUGGCUCCUGUGGGGGCAGCCAGGGCAGCUGUGGCUCCAGCUGCUGUGUGCCCGUGUGCUGCUGCAAGCCCGUGUGCUGCUGUGUGCCCGCCUGCUCCUGCUCCAGCUGUGGCUGCUCCUAGUCUGGCUGCCGCCAGCCCUGCUGCCCCCAGUGCCGUGGUCGGAGCCCCGUGGCUCCAGUGCAGGUGUGAGGAGCUGGCACUGAGCUCAGAUCAGCCCUGCGACCUCACUCCCCACACAGUGACAGGAGCUGCGUCCCCACUCCUGAGCCCCUCCCCCUGGGUCUUCAGGCCCCAGCUGAGGGCAGCAGAGUCUCCCGACCGAGGGGCAUCCAGGGCUCUCAGCGUGGACUCGCGGCCUCUCCUGUUCUCAGUGAGCGAUGCCUCUCAUCAACUCCAUGGCCUCUCAAGGCCCCACCCUGAAGGCAGCCUCCCUGGGGUUCCCCCUGCACCCCGACACCAGGGAAGUCCUGGGCAGGUGCAGACGGUGCCUCCCCCACCACCCAGCUAGGGGUGCUCCUGUAGAUAUAAGCCUCCUUGGCCACAGGAACAGGCCAGGUGUAGUGCACCCCUGUGACCAAUUCUGAGUCCUGUUGUUGUAGGCAGCCAUAUGGGAUAGAAUUGAUGAGGUUUGUGAGCUGGAAGACCAGGCCUUCACCCUACUGUGUGACCCCAGGCCCUGACCUGACAACCUGUGUGCCCACCUGCCCAUCAGGCUAAUGAACCACUCCCCUCUGGAAGUGGAUUAAAGUAUAAAGGCCUGGAACAUGGUGGACCCAGCUUUUUUUUUUUUCUCCUUUGCCAUUGCAGGCGCUGGCUGCCCUGGGCCUCCCGGGUGCCGGGCAUUCGGCCCACCCGCCCACGCUUCCUGGCCUGCGCUCCUCCACGAGGCUCCUGGUGCCCGGUGAAUCCAGAAUUCCCCCCUCUGAGCAGGGCCCUCCCUCUCCUGUGCAUUUCUCCACGGAAUAAAAGCUGAAACACCUGCCA